AGUUUGGUUGGCCUACUUUGAGUGCCAGUGAUAAUUCAGCUGAUUCCUUCCCUGCUAGCUAAACACAAUCCAUCACAGCAGUAGGCUGUCUGUUCAGAUUUGUGUUGUAUAAACUAGAACAUAGCUACUAUAUUAUGCUUAUUUUUUUCAGAUCCCUUACUAAAGUAAAAGUACCAUUUAAAAAUACUAAAUUACAAGUUAAAGUCCAAAAUUAUUGGACUUUAAAAAAAAGUAUUAUCAGCAUUAAUGAUGCAUUAAUGUGCAUGCAGCAUUUUACUGUCAUAGCCGGUCAUGGUGGAUCUAGUUUGAAAUACUUAGUCUUUGCUCUUUGAUAUUUAGUCUCUGGUCACUAAAUAAAGAAUACAGGUACAUAGAACCUGUUUCUAUUUAAAUCUGCACAUAUAUUGAUGCAAAGCUUCCAAUUUAUUUUACCAAUGAUUUCCUUUAUUCUCAUAUAACUGUUGUACAUAUUCUUUGAACUUUUAGCGAGCCAUUUGGAAAUGGAUUAGCUACUUGUUGGAGACCCCUGGUGUAGAUUCAUUGAUUACCCGUAAUCUAUUUUCACUCCCACACAAGUCUCACCACUUGAAUUGACUUAAUGAUGGCCCUUAGCAUUUUAACAUUGUGCUAUGGGAAGGUGACUCAGUGCAGCAGGUGUCCUUUCAUGUUAUUUCCAAGAGAUCGAAAUAAACAUGCAUUCAACUUGAAAAGGUUAAAUGACAACUUUUCUCUUUUAAUCAAUCUCUGGUUGCUUUAUAGUCAUCAAUUACACACACUGGGACAUUCAUGAAGCUACUUUCAGCUCAGCUUUUUAUGCCUCCUCAACAAGAGGUGGAUGAAUGAAUUUCAUGAAUUUAUAAAAAUAAUGAACCAUUACUACCAUUAAGCAUAUUACAAGGAUGUUAUCAUAAGUGGCUUUAAUUGGUUACUCUUUUGAAUUUGAUAGCUGCUCAUAUAAUUAAACAUUUUCCUUUUAUAUACAGGGAGUAACUUAGUUCAUUUGACAAGUUUUUUACCAUCUUGGAAAAAUGGGAUCACUCCAACACUGAAACAGCAGAGAAUACCUGUUAACCAAAGCAUCUGAGGUGGAAGUGACAAACUAGGCUGCAGAUAAUGUGGUAAACCUUAAAAGAUAAAAUCAUUAAAUCAUUAGAAAUGCCACCUUGACAUUUAAUUAUGUAAGCUCAGUAAAAGGUCCAAGAUGUUCAAUACACAUGUGGUGUAUUGGCAGUGAUUGGAAGUCAUAGUGUGGGACAUGAAGUGUCCGUAGCUUAUCUCUGGAAAUGGAAAAUGAUUUUACUCUGUUACUGAAGCUGUAAUAAACACUCUUUAGAUACAUGCCACAUUUUUAUUUAGUUACCAAAUAAAAAAAAUAUGGGAAAUAUUUGUAGAUAUACAUGCAACAAACUAAUUUCAUGCAUCAUGUAGUAUAUUGGUCAUUCUUUUCUGCAUUUCGUUGGGUAAAACUUUGUGCUGAUUGAAUCAUAGUGAUCAGUGGCAGGGCAAAGUCAUGAUUUCCACAGCUUAAGUCCUAUCUGACUAAUUACCACAUUAGCAUAGCCUCUAAUAAGACUUGUGUGAUGGACUCAAGUCAUCCCAGGAGAGACAAAACCUAACAUCCACCAGUCAGGCAAAGUGCACCUGGAGAGCUGCAGACAUGAGCUGCAGACAUAAGCCGCACUGCUCCAGAAACAUGUCCUAAAAGCCUAUCCUGGGAAAUUAUGGAUGAAACUAGUGUGUCAUGCCUCUGUUGCUUCUCGUGAGUGACCUCUCUGGCAGCAGUUAAUGAGAUAGUCAGUUUUGCUGAAGGGAGCAAUAUGCUAGAUGGAUCUACAGAGAAGGGUCAUACGGCACAUCAGGCAGCCAAGCAGAUGAGUACCCGGCCUCCAUCAGACACUAAUCGCACCUCUACACGAGAUGGAUAGCUGCAAAAGAUCCGUACUUUCAAGGCCAACUAGUCAGUGAGCUGUCAGAACAAUAAGUCAAUCUAAAGAAAAAAAAAGUUAUUGUGAAUACGUUUCAAAAUAGGCUAACUUCCUCCACCGUUGUGUCUGUUGCACAUAUGUUUUCAAAGAUGUGACAAGGAGAGAAAGCGAGGAUGGACGACUUCUUAUUGGAACGUAUCCCGUAAACGGAACUGCACUGUUUACCCGGAGCUGUUCCUCGUCUGCACCACCUCUCCUCCGCUCACUGCGUGACAGAGCGAGGCAAAGAUGCUAUCUGCGGUUCGGUCUUGUCUUCUGCCAAUUAUCAGACUGUAUCUGCAAGGUUUCAAGGUUCUGUUGGUGCAGCUGUUCAGCAGACCCUUCGGGUUGCCAGUGAUGCCCAGACAAGAUGGCAAGGUGGCCAUAGUGACGGGAGGAGGCAAGGGAAUCGGCUAUGAGGCGGUCCGCCACAUGGCCAAGCUGGGGGCACAUGUUAUCAUAGGUGGGAGGGAUGAGCAGGAGGGUCUGGUGGCCGUUAGAAGGAUCUGUGAAGAGUACAAGGAAGCCAAAGUGGAGUUCACCAAACUGGACCUCGCCUCUUUGCAGUCUGUCCGUCAAUUUGUCCAGCGCUUCAAGGAGCGGGGCCUCCCGCUAAACCUUCUAGUCAACAAUGCCGGUGUCAUGCUGGUUCCUGAGGGUCGUACUGAAGAUGGCUUUGAGCAGCACUUUGGCGUGAACUACCUAGGCCACUUCCUGUUGACCUGGCUGCUCCUGGACACACUGAAGGAUUCUGGGAAAUGUGGUUACUUCUCGCGCGUUGUCAACGUCUCCUCGUCAGCCCACCGCGUUGGCGAGAUCGGACUAAAUGAUUUAAAUAGCUGCCAGUGUUAUUCAGCCCACGCUGCUUACUGUCAAAGUAAGCUGGCCCAGCUGUUAUUUAGUUCCCACCUCCACCAGGAGCUGCAGCGUGGAGGUUUCCCACUGAGUUCAUGUGCUGUGGACCCCGGCAUGGUGGAUACUGCUCUCUAUCGCCAUCUCUGGACACCCCUAAGCCUGGUGCAGAGCGCCAUCGCUCGCCUGCUUUUCAGGACUCCUGCAGAGGGCGCUGCCACAGUGUUGUUCGCUGCUCUGUCACCGGCUUUGGAGGGGGAGUGUGGGGGGGGCUACUGGGCCAACGGGCGCAGAGAAAUGACAUCACAACCAACAUUUGACCCCCAGCUGCGGCUAAGCCUAUGGGAAACCACCGUCCAGUUGCUGGGCCUGCAGUAGCACGGGAGGAAGGGACGACUAACCGGAGGAAACCUUGAUAAAGACCCUUACCUCGGGGCAACCAGCCACCUUCUCCUCCACCUCCCUUUCUCUCCGAAUUUAUUUCCGUCCAUACCUCACACCGAGGUGUUCAUCGAGAUUUAUGUUGACAAUCUGACAAUCCGCCGCUGGACUGUGAUUGGUUAUUAGGGGAGUGAAGACCUCCAUUUGUUCCAGACCCGCCAAAGAACGUUUCUUUUUUCUUCUUUUUUCGCGAUGAGCAAAUAAACAUAUACAAACACACAAUAGGGUUGUAUCAAUAUAUGAUUUUGCUGUCAAAGAUCCUGGCCAGCUGCUAAGUUAUUAACAGAUAUCAGUUCCCUGAUCAUAACUAACCUGAUGUCUGGCCAGAGAAAUCGUUCCACGGUGUCACGUUCUAAAACCUGCAAUUACACCUGCCUCACUCUGCCUUAAUGUCAUUAGUCCGGCUUUUCAGUGAAGACGUUCAUUCAGUGAGCUAACUGCUGUUUCAGAGGCUUAGUAUAAAUCCCAGCAAACAUUAAGAUGCUUAUUUGGAAAAUUGCUUUUUUUUUUCUUCAAUUUUGGCGCACUGACUUCAAAAUCACAUGGUGAUCAAGCCCUAGCAUACACACACACACACACAUACACACACACACAAACACACGUUCAUGCACCGUGAUAAUGUCCUGUUUUUUCAAAUCUGAACCUGCCUUUUCUUGGCAGGGGAAUGUGAUGUCAUCAGUUUGCUUUGACACAUCACAAUGAUUUUAACGAUCUUCCUGCCAUCCCACUCGUUUGACUGGGAGCACUUUGUUUUUUUGGUACAUUCAUGUGCUUCUACUGCUUAUUACUGAAUCCUUGUGUUGACUGCCGGUAGGUGUAUUAUAAAGCAAUUUUUUAUGUUCUGCUGUUCUCGUGAAAAUAUGAUCAACCCCUCUCUCUCUCUCUCUCUCUCUCUCUCUCUCUCUCUCUCUCUCGCGCCAUGGCUCAGCAAUCCAACAAAAGACAAUUCUUGUCGGGGGAUUUGGGAUGACAAAAGGAAGAGAUCCCAUGUAAAAGUAGGCCUAAUUUUGGAAUAAUUCCCCCUAUAGACCCAAGAGGGAUGAUACAUUCAGUUUUGUUCUGGGGAAUUUCCUUACUGUUGACAUAUGAAGCCAGGAUUUACAGACAUUCCUGUUUGCUUUUGUUUGCUCAGAAACGAUGGGGAACCAACCGCCACUUCUGUCCCCAUUUUCCUUUGUGAUCUGUGUUAAUCGCUUUUACUGUGUCUGUGAUACGUGUGCGUGUUUUUAUGCACACAAGUUGAGAAUUAACUCAUGCUCUCUAGACCCAAUUCAUGUUGAUGGAUAGCCAAACAAUGGCGAUUCCUGGCGCAACACCGAUGGGAGGAAGAGAGAGGCGAAGCACUUUUUUUUUCUCUAGAAUUCAAGCUGUGAUUGGUUCCUCAUUGCUGCUGCUGCUGCUUCCACAUUUGGCGCCGCUCCCAGUGCAUUGUGGGAUUGAGAUUUCCCUGUGUCAUGAGAAUCAAACUCCAUCUGCUGAGCUGACACACACACCCACACACACACACACACACACACAGAGAAACAUUGGAAGCUGUACAUCCAGGCGCAGGCUUAUCUAAACAAGCACACAGCAAACAAAUGCGUCUGUUAUUCAUGCAGGACAAACACUCACUCUCACACACGCAUACACACACACGUACUGCGCCAUAAUGCCAUCACUGUGAUAAACCAUUUUAGCUGUGAAGAUGAAAAGUUUUAUCUCAAAUGAAUAAGUUUUGGCUAAGAAUCCUGCCCCACAUGCCAUCCCAUUGCCUUGUGUGUAUGUUGUUGCUCUGAAUACUGCCACUGAGCAUCCAAGCGUUUGUUAUUACCUGCCGUAUGUGAAGCAAUAGUGUCACUGUUGUAGCUAAUUCAGCCAGUAGCACAGAGACAGACAUUGAGAAUAGGAAAAUAACCCAAGAGUGUGAAAGUUAAAAAAUUAUAAAUUUACCAGCAGGAAUUCAAAAUGUCUCUGUCUAGACGUAGGAAACCGCUGAAUGAAGACCUUGUUAAUGUGCAUUGUUUUAAGUAUUGUUUUUCAAGCGGUUUGAUGAUUUAUCAGGAGCUGAACGUCCUGAAGGAUGCAGAGAUAAAAACUAAUGGUGUGUUCAGGCUCUCCUUGUCACCUCAAUUAUAGACUAUUUUGUUUAUUUUUACCAUCAAACAGCCAACAAAGGUUGCAGUGUGAGUUGUGAUGUAUGACGUACAACUCACAAUGAACACCAGGUGGACAGUGGACCGGGUUAGUGGUAAAUAUAUCCAUGUUACUUCCAUUUAUUUGUAAUGCCCUGUGUGAUUAACAUGUCCAUGCUGCAAAUGGUGGCGCUCAUGCCAUGGCUUCCAUUAUUUAUUCCCUAUAGUCGGGUCGAGUCCAUGUGGUAUGAUUACCCGUAUACCUGGCAGGUCAUCAUGAUCACGUGAGUUCACGAGUUGACAAAGAUUCCCCGAACGCUCCAUUGAGCAGUCGAUCAGCACAUAAUGGGUUACGGCAGUGUUUCUUGGCCUUUUGUAGAGGAUCCUUUGGAAUGGGCCAGGCCUUGUCGGCUCAUUGUGAUGAAAUAAAGCGUCUGGAGGGUCUUUAGACAAAUUCUGCAUUCAUGUCCUAUGGGAUGGAUGGUAGAGAUGCAGGAGAUUCCCACACUUACACAUCGCCUGACAACUCAAGAUGGUUGGUCUUCUUGUUUCAAAUGACAAUAUUCCUCUCUAUCCAUUACAGUUGGGUUUAAUUAACUUUGAAUGAUAGACUUUGGUGAAUAGAUGAAAUGGUAGGGAGAAAAUGAGUUCAUAAUUACUGAAUGACUCUGUACAACUUGGAACAAGUUGGAACCUAAUUUGGCUUUAUGUCAUUUGAGUGAGAGAAGCUCAUUCCUGUGAGCCAAUUAAACACAUUCACUUCAGUUUUUAGCUUGCGAUUAUUUUGCAAAACAUUACAAUCCAGAACCGUAGUGGUGGAAAUGGAAGUUCAAUUCAUGUUUGAAAUUCUAAGUUCAAAGCAAAUAUCUUUUAGGUUUGAUGGGGUUUUUUUUUCUGAUGUAGUACUUGUGUGGAAAUUGACUUAAUGCCAGCAAUACACCUCAGUACUUGAGUAUCUUUUCUUCUACUCGGUGUUGUCAAACUGCUUGGAAACGAACCUUUUAUCGCCUCAGUGCUUCCUUGUUUGACUGUGUGGUUCCCUGAGACAACUGUACGGACUCAAUAACAGAAUAACAAACCGCUAAACCCAGGGCCUGUUUAAACAAAUGCGCUCGCCUCCCUUCACACAAAUGAAAACACCAGCUUAGUCUAGCGGCUCUCAUUUUAAAAAGUACAAGGCUACGGGUGUGUGCUACAACCUGUCAAAGAGCUAAAAUGUUUCACAGUCCAGCUGCUACAGCAGCUGUAGUGGAACCAGAGAGAGGGAGAGAGUCACUGACUGUCUCUCCUAUCUGAGCACAAGGUUUUCCAAAGACGAGGGGAGGAGUGUGGGGGUCUGCCUUGGUGUUCCUGUUGUGUUAGCGUGCAGAAGAAGGCUGCUAAAUUAUCAAUAAUUACCUUGUUAUAUAUUUACCGUACACCUGAAGCGCUCUGCACAGACAGGACAACACAGUGAACUUUCUGAUCUUGAAUUACAAAAUUAGAAAUAGAGCAAAAAAAAAAUAACAGGCUCAAUUAACUGUCUGUGAUAUUGUCUGUAUUUGAAUUACUGGUAUAUAAUCGUUUCGAAGCGUUGUCGCCGCUGGACAGUGGAGCUGUAUGUAGACUGAUGAUGUUCUAAUAGCCAUUCUUCGGUCUGACCUGGGAUUACAUUUAUAUUAAAUGUUUCAGUCCCAAAUUCUGCAAAUUAUAAAUGUGUAUAUGUCUAAGAAGAGAGAUAAUAUAAAGAUGUAUACAGGGGGUAACCAGAUGAACUGAGUCCUUACUCUGGGAGCAGUCCGGUUAAGAGCAAACACAUGCAGGCAUUUAUUUGUCCUGUCACCGUUAUUGCCAUAUACUAUGCUCUACCCAUUUUCUCCUUUGGUGCGAGUGCGACCUUGACUCGAGUCCCUGCGGGCUGCAAAAAGAGCAUGUUCCCACUUUAAAUCCCGUGUAAAUAUUCAGUCCAUCUGGGCCCCUGAGGAUUUAUGAAAACGUGCAAAAUGUUUUAUUUUCAUCAUCAUUUUGUCGUUGUUGAGAUAUGCAUCUUACUGCUUUUGCCGUGCCUAAGAAGAAAAGCUCCCUCGUAUAUGUGUAACUGUGAAUUUUUUCAUGUAGAAAUGAGCUCGUAGAAACUGUGAUUACCGUCUUGUCCUGUGCAUUGCCGUAAGUUUUUUCUCUCUGUGGAGUGACGGGAGUGGAGGUGAAGAGUGUGUGUGUGGGUGUGUGUGUAUGUGUCUAGAUAAGGGAGUUCAUGUCCAUGUUUUCUUUGUCAAUGGUUGUGAUAUUCCAGCAGCAGCCACCACCUUUUCUAUUAUCCAAAGCCUCUCAAUAAACAUAUCAUUGUGCCA